GAGCCUCCCAGUCACAGCCUCUCCAUAUACAGGGCAGGGGGAGCUUGGUAGCAGUUCGGACUGUGCGGUGCUCCCCAGCACCCACUACCUUCUGUAGCCGUGCUGGCGUCUGGCAACACCAGCGUUGAGCUCUCACAGGCCCCGCUCGUGCUGUGUGGGCAGCCCUCCACCAAAGAAGAGAUGGAGAUGGUGGACUCCGAGCGCCCGCCGGCCAAGAAGAACUGGUACGAGCGCUACGUGCUGCCCUUCUUCUCUGAGCUGCUGGGCACUGCAGCCUUCGUCUUCAUCGGCUGCAUGUCAGUUGUGGAGGACGCAGGAUCCACCGGGACGCUGCAGCCUGCGCUGGUCCACGGGUUGUCCAUUGUGCCCAUCGUUGUCAGCCUGGAAAACAUCAGUGGAAGUCAUACCAACCCUGUCGUGUCUCUGGCCAUAUGGCUGAUGGGCAAGAUGGAACACAUCAUGGUCAUCCCGUACAUUAUUGCCCAGCUCUGCGGAGGGAUCUUAGGGGCUGCCCUGACAAAGGCCGUGGCAAACAGUGCGAGCUUCGACAGCAGCCACGGAGGGGCCUUUGGUGUCAUCCAGAGAAAUGAGCAGAUCGGCGCAGCGCUGGGCAAUGAGAUCAUCACGACCACCUUCCUGUUGCUUGUGGUCUGCAUGACUGCAGUCAACGCGGAAACCAAGAGCAAUCUAGCACCUGUUAGCAUCGCCCUGACAGUCGUCAUCAACGUCAUGGUGGGGGGUUCCGUAUCCGGACCCUGCAUGAACCCUGCUCGAGCCUUUGGGCCAGCUGUGAUAGCCAACUACUGGCUCUACCACUGGGUGUACUGGGUCGGGCCUGUGAUCGGCUGCCUGAUCUGCAGCAUACUGAUGAGGUUUGUGAUUGGUGGCCGGGAGAUCCGUCUGUUCCUGAAGUAAGGCUGCACAACAACACAACACAACCCUGGCACCUCCUGCUGAGCACACUGCUGAGACACUCUGGGAUGGCACUGCCGUGCCCCGGCCGUGCACCACGUCUGUCCUGCGGGGCUGUGCCUGGCAUCUGUGAGACUGCACGGCUCCAUGCUACGGGUGCAGCAUGUGGCUGUGGCUGGCAGCUCUGUACCACUGCUGCUAGGCUGCUCUUGGGCCCCUCUGCUCCCCUGGGGGCUGUGAGAGCUACUGGUUGCUGAGCAGAGCAGGCGCUGUUACCUCCAUACGAUUGGCACAAAGCUGAGUAAAGCAACACGUGCCCCCCAGUGCUGGCACCAAUUGA